UACUCUGGCGAAACGAAUUCGUCAGUGUGGUCAGAUGCUGUCACACGUUUCGCCGGAGCUGUGUAUAUUCUAAUAUUGUGUGAUCUAUACUAGUUUACAUAAAGAAUAAAAAGGCAUGCGAGAUCAAGAUUGUCGAUUGAAAAGAUGUAAUUAAUCACUGAUGAAAUAUUCGUUAUUCUUCAUAAAACAUCAAUUUGAUUAGAUGUAGGACUCUACUUCGUUAAUGAAGUGUUUGACAAGCCUUCCCUGUUUGUAAUAUUUUGGUAAUAUUUAAGUAAACGUGUAUCUUGAGGUUGUUUAUUGAAUUCUGAAGUAACAUAAUGCCUGGCAAAAUAAAAGUGAAAAUAUUGGCAGGUCGUAAUCUGCCUGUCAUGGAUCGUUCGGGUGAUACAACGGAUGCAUAUGUGGAACUUAAGUUUGGCAAUAUAACUUAUAAGACAGAUGUAUGCAGAAAAUCUUUGAAUCCACAGUGGAAUUCUGAAUGGUACAAAUUUGAGGUUGAUGAUGCAGAGUUACAAGACGAACCUUUGCAAAUCAGACUAAUGGAUCAUGAUACAUAUUCUGCAAAUGAUGCAAUAGGCAAAGUUUAUAUAAAUCUGAAUCCAUUAUUGUUACCUGGUAUGCUGCCUCCAGUAAAAAAUAUUUGGACUCUGGAAGCAACAAUGAAUACCAGUGCUAGUUCACAAGGGUCAGUUAUGACUGGAUGGAUACCUGUAUAUGACACGAUGCAUGGUAUACGUGGCGAAGUGAACAUUAUCAUCAAAGUGGAGUUGUUCUCUGAUUUUAACAAGUUUAGACAGUCAUCUUGCGGAGUACAAUUUUUUUAUUCGCCAAAUAUACCCUAUGGGUAUCAUGCUCAGAUGAUACAUGGAUUUGUGGAAGAGCUUGUAGUUAGCGACGAUCCGGAAUAUCAGUGGAUCGAUAAAAUAAGAACUCCCAGAGCAUCGAACGAAGCACGUCAGACACUGUUUUUUAAAUUAAGCGGAGAAGUCCAGAGAAAGAUUGGAUUGAAGGCGCUCGACCUUGGUGGAAACGCUGUGAUAGGAUAUCUACAAAACUUCGACCUGGAAGGCGAAUCCGGUAUCGUCGCCAGAGGUAUAGGCACAGCAGUCACGCUCGUAAAGUUGCACGAUGUCCUCGGUUUCCCCUGCGACAACGCCAACAUCGAAGAGAUCGCGCUCGCGCUUCCUUCACGCACUAAAAUGCAAACGGAACGUUUCGAGGCCGACGACGGCGCGCCAUUCACUCCCAUUCCCGUUCCCGCUUCUUAUCCUUUAUGCAUACCGCCGAGACUUGCGGACAGGACGCGUUUCCCGUUCUCUCACGCCAAUUCAUCGUCGUCGCUAACGCGCUUGGAGACUCCCGGAUACGUCGCGACGCGGAAGAAACAUGCCAAGCGAAUUCCCUUCUUCCGCUCCGCUUCUACCUUGAGCACUCCGAGUCUGAGGACCUUCAGCGGCUCCGACGUCACUCCGCCGGAAUAUCUGAUUGACAAGACGGUGAGAUCUCUGCGCACCAUGCUGAUGCCGUCGGAAGACACCAGGAAGCAAUCGCCCAAAUCCAGCCGGCUCUCCAGGCAAAUUCAGAAUCUCCGCGACCAAUUCGACUCGGUCGGCGAAGAAAACCACCUCGCCUUGAAGACCGACCGCGACUCCGACGCCGAUCCGGUUAGAUCCUUUAUCGUAAGCGUGCGCAAUCCCACGAGGGGGCCGAGCAGCUUCAAGGAGGCUAAAACCGGUAAGACAAUGGCCGCGUUACUCAUUGGAUCCAUACAGAACAUGCCUCUGAAGGAUAUGGGGAACGUCGGUCCUACUUCUCCCGUUUCUUCCAGCAACGAGCAGUGCAACGACGAAGAGACCAAACUAUGCCGCGAGGAAGAAGUCCCUCUGAGUGUCAGAAAGACCACAGAUGGCCACAUCAAGACUGAACAGCAACUUGGUCGGGAGGUCUUGUCGUCAGUCGGCGAAAUAUCCUCCUCUUGCGACGACGACGACGACGGCGACGACGACGACGACGAUAAUUUUAGCCAGGACGACGACUCGUCAGAAGACAACACCAGCUACAACAUUCUGCGCGAUUCGAGAUACUCGCUCGAUGGGAACGACGGUUCCGACGGAACGGAAGAUUCGGUUGGUUCCCGCGAGGGAGCUCGAACCGUUCGUUCCAGCGCGGGGAGCUGCACGGACUCCACCCUGCAAGUGGACUCGGACACGACGUACCGCCUGUCAUUGAAUCGAAACCUAGCGAGCAUGGAAGCCGUCAAAUUACGGCACGACGAGAUCCCCAUCAUCACCGUGGACAUCCUCGACAACACGGACUCGGACACGUCUAUCGACGCGUCCAGACUGUUGCUGAGCGACGAGAACCCUUCGCCGGGCGCUUCGACGUCUCACGACCUGACGGACACCGAUGUUCUCGUCUCGAGAACGACUCAUUCGUCAGUUGACAAGCUGGAAGACGCCAAGGACGUUACCGCGAAGACAAGCGAAAGGCCAAGUUUGAAGGUGGAGGAAAACGUAGGACGCGGCAGCAGCGCCAUGUCCGGUUCCGACGGCUCGUCUCACGAGAAGGUGCAUCGUGUGCAUCUCACGCGGCAUCAGCGAGACCUUUGUCGAACGCGUGGUCUAUCUGCUCAGCAAUCAGCGCAACGGGAGUCCCCAUCGCUCAGCGAAACGGAGAAUCGCUCGAGCCGGAAGAGGAAGGAUUCGGCGGUCGAGUCGUCGCGGAAUGCCACCGACGAUGUUGGUUUGUCGUGCGCAGAAAUGCGCACGAAGGCGGCGACCAUGGAGAGACAGAGGAGCAUGCUCGACCUGAUCAAGCUGAUCGACACGAAGAUGAUGGUGUCGGGACGCGCGUCGAUGCGUCACGACAAGGGAGCCGUUUCGUUGAAGAGCAGACGAAGAAAGCGCGAGAAGACGCGUGAUAUCCCGACGUCACUCGAGAGCUCGAUUUCGCGUGGCAGCGCGUUCAAGAGGAAGCGCCACGGCCAUCGGGAAGGAGACAUUUCCUGCCGCGUUCCUCGCGUCUGUUCCACCCCCGAUUGUCUCUCCGCGGAUCGGCAGCUGAUCUCGUCGUUCCGCCCCACUUCCCGCUCCUGCGACUCUUCCCCUCUCGGCUUAACCAACGGUCGUUAUCGACAUCAUCAUUAUCAUCGUCAUCAUCGUCAUUAUUAUUAUUAUAAUAACCACCGUCAUCAUCAUCAUCAUCAUACGCGCGUAUCAUCGUCCAGCUCGAAACGAGCCGCCGUAGUCACCGACGCGUUUGAAAUCUCGAGGAGACCGCUCGAGAGCCUCGACGAGACCGACAUCAUCGCGUUACCUGACGUUGCUCAUAGUAAACCAACCGCGACCACUAAUCAGCCGUCGUCGAGCGCCGAUAUGGCGCGAACGGUACGCAGAUGUAGUAGCGUCUGUAAUCUAGGCGGAACAUUAUGUCAUAUUGAUCGCACCAAGCCCACUAACACGGCUAAUAUGACUCACAACUCGUGUGUGUCCCGUCCUUCUCCCGAUCUUAGGCAGCAAGAUGAGGCAGCGUCGUCCGUCAGUCCGUCGUACCCGCUUCCGACUGUCCCGUCCGUCGCGGCGAAGGUCUCCCAGUCGCCGGCGAAUAGAACGCUCGCCAACGUGCCGCUUCACAGGAGAUCGAGCGAUUCCGACUUGAGCAUCACCCCGAAAGGUAACUCUCUUGGCAACAAUGACAGAUCGAUGGCGGCGCCGUUAAGGACACCAGCUGCAGUAGUUAGAUCCAUGAACCAGGACACCUUGGAGAUGUUAGAAUAUCCGUUUAUUACGAUGCAACAUUAUCCACCUGGCUUCAUAUUACACAUAGGUGGUCUGGUGAGCUCGAGAUCGGUGAAGCUGCUCGAGAGGAUAAGCAACCUGGAGGAACCAGAGGGCCGUGACGCUUGGUGGACCGAGAUUAGAAUGGAAGUUAGGUCACACGCGAGAGCAUUGGCUUGCAAUGUAGUGAUAGGCUACAAAGAGGAAACCAGCAUAUGCGACGAUGUCUGCGUAUUGAGCGCCUUCGGGACUGCGGCGGUUAUAAACCUGCACAAUUCGGCCCAAGAACCGGACAGUGUAGCUCUGAACAAGCUCCAGCUGAAUACAGCCACUGCGGCCUCGGUGGACUCGGAUCGCGAAAAGAGUCAGCAGAAGUCGACGACAAUGAUGAAGACGGAGAAGGCCGAUAGCGACACGCCUGUCGCGAAUCACUCGGAACGGCAAACCAGUAAAGCGUGCAGACACUCUUCGGAGAGCAACGACCACGAGGGUUCAUGCGGUCAGACUCAGUUGCGGUGUAACCUGUGUCACCUUCCAUACAGCGAGAAGAGCGUGCCCUUCAGAGUGAACGUGUCCAAGUGUGCCAUCUGUAAACGCGGUAGAGUGCCGGACGUGAUGUUCACGACCAUCGAGGUGCCCGCGAAUAUACCGACCACCGGCAGAGGUUGUUUCAUCCAAGCGACUGUGUGCAAGAACAAGAAGGACUUGCGGGGCGAACUCAAUGCCAAGGAGAUAUCCGAUUGCCUGCCUUUCUUGGAAUAUGAGCUUCACAGUUUGUUGUUGAACAAGCUCAAGAUGAAAGGCAUGAACGCGAUCUUCGGCCUGAAGCUGCAGGUCUCCGUAGGAGAACGCCUGAUCAUUGGCAUGGCGGUGGGUACCGCGCUUUAUCUGACAGCGCUACCGCCGCCCACCAUUCCUCAAAUAGCGUCCGGCAACUCGUGGCACAAUGACGAACAAUUGGCGGAGAUUCAGAAGUCUAUUGUGGAGACGGCGAAGAAGAAUCGGGAAUUUUAUCACCUGAAAUCCGUCGGCAUCAGCGAAGCAGAAAGUACACGCAUUACGAGUACUUCCGACACGGACGACUCGGACGAGGAUCUUCCAGAAUUUGAUCUCGGACUUGGCACACGUGACGCCUGCGUCUUGGAAGUGGACGAUAUCGAGGAUAUGGAUCGGAUAUCGUCGUUGAUGGACGACAGACCGCCCGAUGAUUUCCAUGUGGUCAACACGCAGACGAUUCCCGGCUUGGAGGACUUGGAAAUUGUUCGAAAUUUACAAAUGUUCUCGCAGAUCUCGAGAACGAAGAUCCCUGUGGGGCAGUCCGCGACGAUGCCGUCGAAAUUCUUCGCUCGAUUACUUCAGUCCUUAUGCUUCAAACUGAGGAGAAUGGUUCCCUGCGCGUUGUGCGAUAUGCAGUUUAGGGUAGCAUUACCCGAACAAGAUGAAAUACAAGUAACUGUCAUCGGCAUGGCGCUUGGGUUGGGAGAACCCCUGAAAACGGACAGAUAUAAGAAAAAAAUUGUAUGUCGUUCCCUGAGCAAGGACCAAGUAAGGAAGUCAGAUGACAGUGAUAUGAUAUUUAGUCUUGAUGAGGAUCACGUAGAUACCAACAUCAUAUCCGACAAUCCAGUUCGCACUUGUACGGGAAGCUCCGCAGUUUUGAAUAAUAUUUCUAUGCAGAAACCUAGGCCACGUUCACCCUUACGUUCGAAAACAUUUACGGCUCACAGACAUAAAUAUGUGCCUUUAAAAGGAAGAUACGGUGUAGACAUAACACCUUUAUCUUACCUGCCAGGUGGAAGGAUAGAGAGGUACCAAGGCAAUUUAAAUUUCUUCUUCAUCCGCGAAAGUACAUCCAUUCGUGAGAACGGUGGAUUAAGCGGCUUCACUCACAGUUUCGUAAUGGAAAUUCUCGCAAUCGUUCGUGCACACAUCACAGCACUCGGAGGUAACGCUAUGGUCGCGUUCUCAAUGACGCAGUGCGUACUUCUUCAUAGCCCACACAAAAAUCAAGGUCAAUGCUUGAUCAACGUAGGUGGAGACGUGGUAACAGUAUCUUAUUACGCCGACGAGAAGCAUAGCGUUGUUUCAAAUUGCUGACCCCAGCCUCCUCAUUCAGCGCCGCCGUAAAUAAUCAUCGCACUUGGUGAUCAAUCAUUUGAUUAAACGUUUAUCGACAUUCUCGUCACAGAUCAGAACUCGCAUGUACGUACGCUCUGGUCUAACGAGUCAGUAUCAAUGUUGUCACCUGCUACCGCAGA